AUGACAGCGGCUCCGGCGUCUCCGCAGCAGAUCAGGGACCGGCUGCUGCAGGCCAUCGACGCACAGAGCAACAUCCGGAACAUGGUGGCGGUGCUGGAAGUCAUCUCCAGUCUGGAGAAAUACCCCAUCACCAAAGAGGCGCUGGAGGAGACGCGGCUGGGGAAGCUCAUCAACGACGUCCGUAAGAAGACCAAGAACGAGGAGCUUGCCAAACGAGCCAAGAAGCUAUUGCGGAGCUGGCAGAAGCUCAUUGAGCCUGUGCACCAGGGCGAGGCGGCACUGCGGGGACUGCCUGGCACCACUGGCUCUGCCAACGGGGGUGCCCAUAACUGCCGACCAGAGGCAGGGGUAGCCUCUGGGCCCCGGAGCAUCCACGACCUAAAAAGUCGCAAUGACAUCCAGAGGCUGCCCGGGCAGCGGCUGGACAGGCCAGGGGGCCGCAAACGCCGGGGGGACCAACGUGACCUUGGUCAUCCUGGGCCACCACCCAAGGCCACCAAGGUCAGCCAUGAGCUCCUGGCCCUCAGCUCAUCCCCACUGCCCACCAAUGGGAUCAGUGGGAGCCCUGAGAGCUUCACUGGAGCCCUGGAUGGCAGUGGGCACAGGGGCCCUGAAGGUCGCCUGGAGCCUGGUGAGAACGACAAGCACAGCAGCUGGAUCCCGGUCAACGCCGUGAGGCCGCACACUAGCUCUCCAGGCCCAGGUCUGGGGGCAAAGACUGCCUCACUGCAGCCACUGGACCGGGUGGAUGAGACCCCAGGGCCCCCUCACCCCAGGGGGGCCCCUCGCUGCUCCUUCAGCCCUCGGAACUCACGGCAUGAAGGCACGUUAGUCCGGCAGCGGAACCCAUAUGUGCCCAAGGGCUCAGUGCCCAGCCCCUCCCCACGGCCUCCAUCACUGGAGACUACGCAGGCACCCUCGCCACUCCCUCUGGCCCAGCCCCUUACACCCCCUGUCCGGAGGCUAGAACUUCUACCUAACUCGGAAAGCCCAGGGCGCUGGCCUGACCAGCCUGAGGGUCACCAGAGGCUGGCAGGGCCUGGCUGUAAGGCAGGGCUGCCACCGGCAGAGCCACUGCUCCUGCUGCCACGAGCAGGCCUCUCACCGGACUCCUCCAGGGCGGACAGUGAUGCUGCCUCUUCAGGUGGCUCAGAGAGCAGGAAGAAGAAGCGGUACCGGCCGCGUGACUACACAGUGAACUUGGAUGGCCAGGGGGCUGAGGCAGGCGUUAAGCCUGUGAGGUUAAAAGAGCGCAAGCUCACCUUUGACCCUAUGACAAGACAGAUCAAACCCCUGACCCAGAAGGAGCCUGUGCAGGCUGAGAGCCCUGUGCGUCCUGAGCCACCCCGGACUGAGCUGGAUGCGCAGGAGCCCAAGGGUAGCCUGCAGAGCCCCUUCGAGCAGACGAACUGGAAGGAGCUAUCACGCAAUGAGAUGAUCCAGUCCUACCUGAGCCGGCAGAGCAGCCUCCUGUCGUCUUCGGGUGCGCAGACACCAGGCGCCCACCACUUCAUGUCCGAGUACCUUCGGCAGGAGGAGAGCACCAGGCAGCACAGCACCCGUGAGACACAUGUACUGAUGCCACACAGCCCACCUGCGGACCUGCCUGGGUGCACGCGGGAGGUCACGGAAGAUGACCUGGAGCGAAUCCAGGCCCACCAGUGGCCAGGCGUGAACGGGUGUUACGAUACACAGGGUACCUGGUAUGAUUGGACGCAGUGCAUAGCACUCGACCCGCAUGGCGAUGAUGGGCGCCUGAACAUUCUGCCUUAUGUCUGCUUGGAAUGA